CCGGAGACGGUCGUGACAUUUACAGAUCCUAUGGCCAAAGUGCGAGCAUCGGCGUUCGUAAACGUCAAAGUGUGAGACAUCGAGGGAUUGAGCCCCGUCGCGUAGAACAGCAACGCGGGUUCAGUGAAGGAGGACUGGCCGUCGAACGAGGUGGUGGUGCCGUCUAGAGUAACAUUAUAUCUGCCAGACCCGUCAUUCCGGAACCCCGAGACAGUAAUGGCGCUCCCGCUGAAAUUUAGUGUCGCAGUAUCUCCGGCGGCGUUCGAAACGUAAAAUGGGAACUGCUCGCCCCGGACUACCGGCGUGAACUGAUAACCCCAUGAACCGGAGAAAGUUAUAGAAUGUAUGUCAACAGCUACUGCCGCUACAGUAGCGUUGAUUAGGUCGGUCGACGUAGUUAUGAAUGCGCUAUCAAAGGAUAGACCAGCAGUAGGUGAACCAAUGCGUGUCCGAAGGGUUAUAUUGUGAUCCGCAUUUGGCAAAUUGCUGAACUCUGCCAGGAUAUUCUGUUCCAACGAUGAAUUGAACGACGACUGUGACGUUCCAUCGAGCAAGAUGUCGUACGUGGCAUCGGACAGAUUGCCAAAGAGCUGGAUGCCAUUCCCAAACCACAGGAUGGACAGAGUCGCGCCGUCUCUGGACGUCGUGUGCAGGCUCUCGCCGCUCCCCACUUCCCCCAGGCUCGUGAGCGUCGCGUUGGAGAACGAGGGUGUCCAGCCGCCUAGCACGUCCGGGGGAACGGUGAGAGAGUCGGGGUAAGGCAGGUAGGAGACGGUGGGGGACGAGUCAUCGAUCUGUAGGUCGAUGGUUGUGUUGCCCGCCAUGCGUCUCCCGCGGAAACGCUGGUCGAUGUCGGGGGAGAAGGAAAGGAGGGAGCGCCAGGCC